ACAACAUAUUUCCCAUUGGUGCCUCCAUAAUCCUCACUUGUACAGCGCAGCCCAGAAUGAGUGACUCUGUCUAUCUGGAUAGAUGGGUCGAAUAUAUUGAGUGGUACGAUCCUCAGGGUAGACGUGUUGGAGCUCAAUGCCAACAGCCCUCAAACGUCCAUGCUCACAAAAGAAAAUUAAGCUGCCCAUUAGUGCUUAAAAAGUUGACAGCUGACAGUUUUGGCUCCUACAAAUGUCAAGCGGGUAACAGUUAUACAAGGCACUGCACAAGGAAAUCAUUUGAAGUGGGGAAGAAAGGCGCUAAGGUAAUGUUAACAGAAGUUCCGCAGCACCAAAGUGUUGAUAUAGGGGCCAAUGCAACUUUCAGCUGCACCGCCGAAGGUGAUGAUUUUAAGCCAACCAUCUUAUGGUUCAAGAACCGCGAUUUAAUUGCCUUACAAUCCAAUUCAAGUUUGAAGGUCAUUGAAAAAUCGUUGGAAGGAAACAGCAUGCAAAGUCGGCUGCUAAUUAUGGGGGUGAAUAAAGAAAGUUUUGGCCAAUAUCGAUGUGAGGCAGAAAACAGCAAUGGUAAUUAUAGAGCUGUAUCGUGGGCUCUUUUAACCGAAAGGGAUUCAGAAACCCAAACACUUGAGAUAACUGAAGAUCCAGAGGAACAACGUGUCUCGAUUGGUUCUGAUGCUUCUUUUAGUUGCGCUGCUAAGGGUAUUCCGCGGCCAACCAUUGACUGGAUUAAGGAUAAUGCGACACAAACCUUAAAGAACAACCCUAGAGCACGUGUUAUUUCAACCAACCGAAGCCAAAUUCGAAGCCAGCUGUUGAUAACUAAAGUGGAGAUGGAAGAUCAUGGCAUAUAUCGGUGUAUUGCAAAAAACCGCGACGGAAGCAGCCAGUCAGGAGUGGCUGUGUUGAGCAUAGAAGAACCCCAAGAAAAUUCAACAUCUCAGAUGACAAUUAUCGUCGUAUUAUGGGCUGUGGUUGCUGCUCUUAUCUGUAGACUAAAGCACUCGAUUAGCCAUCCUUUGUACUUUGGUAUUAACCAGUCAGUUACUCGAAAGCAUCGUCUGAGCAGCAGAUCGUUAAAUUGUCUUUUCUCACAGUUCGUUCAUCGCGAUCUAGCAGCGAGGAAUAUUUUAGUAGAUGCCAACUUGGUGGCUAAGGUUGGAGACUUUGGAUUAGCCAGGGACAUAUCUGAUGUUGGAAUAUACACCAUAGCCUCCAACGGCAAAGUUCCAUGGAGAUGGUCGUCUUUAGAAUCUUUGCGAGAUCUAAAUUUUACAUCAAUGAGUGAUGUGUGGUCAUUUGGUAUUGUCUUAUGGGAAAUCGCUACUUAUGGUGAGUUGCCAUACCAUGACAUGACAUCACCAUUUGUUCUAAUAAAUCGACUUACAAAUGGAUACCGUAUGCCUCGCCCCGAUCAAUGCUCGAAAGAACUAUAUGAGCUCAUGAGCUCUUGUUGGAAAGAAAACCCUAUGAUGAGACCAACCUUUUCUGAUAUCGUACAGCAGCUGAGUAAUUUUUUGCGAGAAGUCAAGAGGACAUAUAUUAAUAUCAAAGAAGACAGUGACGGAGACGUCUGAUGACGCUUUGAAAAUAAAGCAAACACGUGCACCUCAUUUUAUUGGACUAAUACAUAUAAAAGAAAGAAAACCGCAAGAUCUCAAAUGGGUCCAUGUGUAAGGCUUCAUCGUCACGCUUCAGAAAUUGUUUGUUACUGUGCUUGCUAAGGCCCAAAAUUUAGAUUUAGUCGUUUCUUUUUUCCAAAUAGUUCCGGGUGUUUUCUUCACCUUAGUCAGUGCGAAUCACAGAAAAUAACAAACCGUUCAUCCUGCAUUAAUUUCAAAGCUAAAUUGAGUAGAACAAAAAAGGGCAUCGAGCAAGUAAAUUAGCUCAGCCUCGAUUGGAUUUUUUCAUAGAAACCUAAGCAAUUAUCUGUGUUAACCUGGAACCUUUCCCCCCUCCCAUCCCCUCUUAUUAGGGCUAGCGCUGCGGCACGAGCAUUUAUUCGCGCAAGCAGACCUCUCAGGCCUCUACGAUAGCGAGUCGCCGCGAUUUUGACGAGGGUUCUGACACGAAUUAUUUACGCCAUACUAUUGGGAGACUCCUUACCGGUUCCCUAAGCGUUUUGGGAUACUUUCCUUUGAGCGAGGGAAUAUAAUACCUGUGCCACUGAGUUAUUUAUUGGUAAGAGCAUGCUUGCAGUAUACUAUCUGUCUAGACUAAUCUAUUUGCAUCCGUAUAAACUGCAUUGCGAUAUGAUUAUCGUAAUAGUCCAUUUCUACCUUUUGAAAACCGUAGUCAGUUGGAAUUUCUAACAGGAAAGCUCUGCCAGAGUUUAAAAGCAUACCUGACAAUUUUCACGGAGUAUCUAAAUGAUAUAAGGCAUAUCGUUGAUACCGUAGAGAGAUAAAUCAUAUCUAUCAACAAACUAGAACUAGCUAAUUGAUAUAUUGACAGGUAUCAGUUUAGUAAACUGAAAUUCAAAUCACAAAACUGAGGAGAAAGCUUUAUAAGUCUUACACGUGAUUUUAGAUUUUGUAUUCAGGUGAUUUAUACCUUUUGAACUUUGUAAUAAGCUCUUUUGGUAACGGCUGGUUCCAUGUUGACUAUGUUUUUAAAGCGCUGUUGGAAUGGGGUCAAAUGAAGCGUAAUUGAAGUGAUUAACUUAUGAUUUGAGACUUUAUGAAACUUAAAGACUCCUUCUAAGCCUUCUUUGAUACUCCGAAAACUAGUGUUAGUUCUGUAAACGAUGGUUGAUAGCAGAAACUCUCGACUGUAGAAAAGAAACAAAGCCCCAAAACGGUCAUCAUAGUUCAUGAUAGUUUACUCUAUCACGC